UACAUAAAUUAUGAGAUAAUAAUUCAAUUUUCGAAACAAUCAUAAUAAAAGUGCACUUUAUCUAAACAUUGCAUAAAUUCACGAUAAUAGUAACGCAAUAUUACAUAGAUUCCAGUUACGUGGAUAUUUCAUCAGCCAUUGCAUAUUGAUAAAAUGUCGACUAUAUUUACGAGAAAAUGUUUUAUCCAACGUCAUUUCGUUAAGUAAAAUGUAUAGGUUUCUAUUUAUUAUCUGUUUUAAUGCUGCUCUUGGGAAGGUCCUGACAACUCAAGGGUAUCCAGUGCAGCAAUAUAUUCACGUGACAGGAGGACCGCCAUACAUACCAGAUCCUCUACCUCGCCAACCAAACCAGCCAUUAGUUCCAGCGCCGAUUCCAAAACCAAAGCCGGAACCAACACCAGUACCAAAACCAACACUUCCACCGACACCAACAAAUACACCAAAGAAAGAUGCGCCUGGGUUGGACUCCAACGUACUUAAUAAUUUAGCGAUAGCUCUCCAAUUGCUAAUUGUUAGUAACAUUCUCAACUUGCCUCCUCAAGAAGGCAAUUCAGAAAUUGCUUCCAAAAUGGCUUUAGCAAUGGAUCCGUUAGAGACUCCCUAUUCACCUUCCUCAUUCAUUAUUGAAUCGCCUAAAUACGAAAUGGGACCAAAAUAUGCAGUUGAGUCAAUGAUGUCGCCGUAUAUAGAACAAGCUGUACCAAACCUUAAUUUCUUAGCUUCAAAUAGUUUUGGAGACGCGAAUAUUUAUUCUCCUUUCACACCGACCUCUAAGUUGUCGCCAAGAGCUGAAAUGGGAUUCAUGUCUCCUUACGAUGCUUUGGCGUCAAGUUCGCCAUACUCCGACCCAAUUUUGUCAACGUCUUAUGGAUCAGUACCAUCAAAAAGAGAUUUUCAGUCACCCUACGCUGCCAUAUUGUCGGAUAACAAAGACUUGUUCUCCGUGUUCGAUUUUUAUUAAUUUAUUAUAAAAAUAACUUAUUUAUUUAACAAUAAUUUAUU